AUGCAGCCACUCCAUCCUUAUGCUCCAACCGUGGUCGUUGAUGGCGCAAUUCUACCCGUCGCAGACUAUGUCGAGCUCAAUGGUUUCAACUUGGCCAGCCACACCACUGCCCUCGAGCAGUCGGUGCUCGGCAAGCCGCAUCUCAUGUUGAACGACAACGCUUUGGCGUGGCAGCCUCCAACCGUCUGCGGCAAACGCUCUCGAUCCAGCUCGGAUGCUUCUUCGUCGGCCUCGUCAUUGUCGGCCGCCACAUUCCACGCCUCGGUCUUCUCACCGGGUAACGAAGGAUCUGAAUCCGCAUUUGACUCGCAAACGAGCGCGAGCGAGCAGACUCCUUCUUCUCGGAAGAGCUCGAUGAACCAGGGCGUCGUCUCUCAGCAGCAAUUCGAGCACCUUGCUACCUGGCGUGACGACAUACUCGCUGCCUCCGAGGCUGAGCGUUGUGCCAAACGCAUCCGUGACCUUCAAGGCGAAGUCGUCCGACUCGCCUCCGAAGUGGUCAGUGUCGCCUCGCAGCCAGCAGCGCAGCCCGCUGAGCCUUGCGGCGAGGCUGUGGCGGCCCCUGCCGCUCCAAGCGUCAUCUCUCCUGCCUCGUCGUCCUCGUCCUCGGUCGAAGGCUCCAAGACGGCUCUCGUCGACUGCCUAGUUGACGCUGCCUGCAGGACACUCGACAGAGUUUGGAACGCAUCGGUCCCAAACAGCUCAUGUGAUAUGGCUAAGGGCAAGAACGCGCUGCCGCUCCAGGUGUUUGUACGCGAGACCCUGCGUCGUGGUCGCUCCUCGUGCUCCACCUUGCAGGCCGCUCUCCUCUACUGCGUCCGACUCGGCGAAGCUGCCGAAAGCUCAAAGCAGUUCUCGCUCAAGGAAUCGACCCGAGGCGACUCUGAGAUCCAAGUCGAGACGCAGGCCAGUUCGCCUCUGUUCGGCAUGACCAAAGAAGAGCUCUGCCUCAUCCGAUGCCCGCGACGCAUGUUCCUCGCCUCGAUCAUCACGGCCGCCAAGUUUGUGCAGGAUCGUUGCUACUCGAACAAGGCUUGGUCCAAGAUCUCGGGUCUCCCCGUCAAGGAUUUGGGCAAGCUUGAGCGUGCUUUCCUCAAGGCCAUCGACUAUCGCCUGGUAGUGUCCGAAAGCGACUGGGUGAAGUGGACCGCCGAGCUUAAGCGCGCUCACGCUGCUCAGAAUGCUAUUGCUACUGCUCCCGCCGACGAGGUCAGUGGUGCCACUGGCCGACGUAGCAGCCUGAGCCGUUCGCAAUCGGACAAUGUCACGGGCGCGGCUAUCGCCCACGACACGGAGCUGCGAGCGGUGAGCCCUGGCUUGCCUCCGCAGGUCCAGCCCAAGUACCGCCUUCUCGGCGUUGACUCGCGGCAGCAGCAGCAGUGCGCCCCGGUCGCAGACAUUGCUCUGCCCUUCCCUCGUGCAGCUUCAUUUGUGUCCGCCGAACUCUAA